UGGCAGCUCCCAGUCUGUCCUCUCAUAUUCACACUAGUACUACUGUGCAGCUUCACAUAAACAGAACAAAAUGCUCAGCUGGUCGGACGGCAGCCGGGAGCCAUAACUUCAUGACCCUCCGAGAUCCGCUUUAAUAGCAUGCUGUCCUUUACUUUUUGAAUAUAUAGGAACCACCAAAGCCAAACAAUGAGAGACAUCCUUAAGAGGAAGUUUGCAGAGGUAGAGGUAGAGGAAAACCCCUGCUAUUCCCCCCCCUCCUCCUCCUCCUCCUCCUCCUCCUCCUCUUCUUCUUCUCCAUCUUCCCUCUCCUCUCCCGCCUCCUCGGAGUGGGAGUCCGACGGGGAGGGGAGCUCAUCAGAGCUCCAAGAUUUCACACCUCACAGUCCUGCCUCAGCCUCCAGCUUACCCAUUUGGUCUAUCCUGAAGAAGCCAAAGCUCUCAAAAAGACCAAGCAGGGUGCGAUUCAACCAGGUGACAGUGUUCAGCUUUCCCCGCUGUCAGGGUUUCACCAGCGUGCCCAGCCGAGGAGGUGCCACUCUAGGCAUGGUGCGGAAACACAGCGCUCUGCGAAGGUACACUGUGGACGAGUACGCACUAGAGCAGCGUAGCAGACGCAAAGAGAGGCAAAGGGAAAAACUGAGGCAAGAGAGGUUGGAGGCAUUAAAAAGCAAGCUGGUCAUGAGUGGAGCUGUUGACCAGAAUGAAGCGGAGAAGCUGACGAUGGAUCAAGCUCUGGAUGAAGACCUUGACAUCCACAUUAGUGAGUCUGAUUUGGAGGAUGGAGGCUUCUUUCAGCCGUUCUCUUCUAGACAGCGUCAGGCUCUGCUCCUGGCAGCAGGGGUGAAAACCAUUGACAAGGAGGAGAAGAGGCAGCUUCACACUCUGCGGCUCUCCAGACAGGCCUGUGGCUGUGACUGCAAGGGCUUCUGUGAGCCGGAAACCUGCGCCUGCAGUCAGGCAGGCAUCAAGUGCCAGGUGGACCGCUUCAACUUCCCCUGUGGAUGCUCCAAGGACAGCUGUGCAAACAUUCAGGGGCGCAUGGAGUUCGACGCCAGGCGGGUUCAGACUCAUUACAUCCAUACAGUUAUGAGACUCGAGCUGCAGAGGCGACUGAAAUGUGAAGCGCUCAUCUCUGGGGAGCAGGGAGGAGUCUCAGAGGAGCCUCAAGACUUUAAAGAACACAAAGAGGUCCGUGCAGAUCAGAGGGAGGAAGAGAACAUGUGUCCGUUCAGGUCUGGCUUAGAGGAGGAUCAGCUUCCUAUCACCAUGCCUGCUGCUCCUCCAUUCCACUGCCUCCCAGAGCGGCUGAUCGUUGAGGAAAACAGCUGCAGCAGCGACAUCUCCGAGUCCUCUCUGUCCUCUUCGGAAUGUGACACAGGAGGAUUCUUCAGCGGGGCUCAGACUCCUCCUGAGGGAGGUUCAACCUGCGACUCCAGCAAUAAGAACUUUUACUCAUGCAGCCAGAUCAGGAGCAUGAUGGAACCACCGAGCCAGCACGGCUGCAGCUCUGCAGCUACCGCCAACCAGAGGCCACUUUCUCCCAUCACCCUUUCAGACAACAUGGACCCCAGAAGGAACCAUCUUGAUGAGAAUGCAAAUCAAUCCAGAGACUUUUUCAAUGAAGACUCUUUGGAGGACUUCCCUAACACCCCUUCUCCCACUUUGGACUACUCCUUCAGCAGAUACAUGGACCUGAGCCUCUCCUCUGACUCUGACCUGGAGUUCUUCCACAGGGACUACCCCUCUGGACCGCUGAACAGCUCCUUCAAAGACUACAGACGCUCAGACGUCUUUCAGCCCCUCCAGCUGCUCAGCUCUGUCAGUUUACCCCAGCAGGAGUCGAGCACCCAGCUGCUGGAGUCUCUGAUCGGACUAACUUAAUCGACCAAACACCAGAUGUGGUCAGAUCCUCAGCUUUUAAUCUUUCUUGUAGAUUACAAUUUAUUUUAAUAUAACUUCAAAGCACAAGUACCUAUUUUUCCGAAUGGAAUAUUUUUAUUUGCCUGAAAAUCAAAAGUAAUUUUCAGGAAAAAAACACACUUGGAUAAUUGAUGUUUUAGUUGUUUUUUUUUUUUACUGAUUCCUUAACCUAUUCAAAAACUGUGUAUAAGAUGUAUUUUAUAUUUACUAUGACCAAGAAUAUAAUUCACAAGCACAAAGUUUGCAUAUGAACUGCAAUACAGUAUCACAUGUAGUAAAGAGCGAGUACAGCUGCUGAAGGAAGAGUGAAGGUGCUUGCUGCUGUGAUAGCGCAGGAUUCCAGCUCCCAGUUUUAGAAUCAUUCUCAUCAAUAAAUGUUCACUGGGAUGAUGAUGUAUUUAUUUAUAAAUCACUAAUUUUGUUUUUUAAAAUGGUAAAAUAAGAAAAAUAAUUAUGAAGUGUUAAAAUUGAAGAGUUUACAUGUCAGCGACUGAAUGGUCAUGGCAGCGGUUCAAGUCCGGAGUCAGUGGUUUCUCAUUUAAUUAUGAUGUAUGAAAGCAGUUGUGUGUCCACCGUCAUAUGGUCACACGGAGCCCAUAUUUAAAGCUUUAUAUUUCUUUUUUCUUCUUUUACAGCAGAAUUGUUUUUGUCUCCACCUUUAUGGUGAGCAGCCAUUGGCCGGUUACUGGUUAGCCCUUUGAUUGAGAUGCCAAGAGUUGCUCACAUAACAGAUUUCACGUUAAAUGUUUUGUGUAAAUACCCUCUAUGCUGUGGUAUUUUUGCUCCAGGCUCUCAUACUGUGAAAAUCUCCUGCUGGCUUCAGUCCCUGCUGGAGAGCGCUCUGGUCUUUCUGACACCAAAAACAAAUCCAGCUGGUGUGAGUUUUCAUAAUAUAUCAAAAAGUUGGUUAAUGCUCUUGAAUUUCUUCAAGCAGCAAACAAAUUGCUGUUAGUUGUUCAUCUUCAUUUUACAAUGGAUGCUAUGUUUACAGCAGUUUCUAAUAAAAUCAGUUUCAGCUCUAUAUUAGUGGUUACUUUUGGCGUAGUUUUGUAACUAUUUGUUGGAUCUUAAUGGAUUUUGUAUAUGCGCCAAUGUAUACUGUGGAGAGAUAUUUAAAUAAUAUAUAUAUGUAUAUAAAGCCAAAUAUAAAUAUUGUACUAUUGUUAACAACGAUUAAUUG